AUGGGUUGUAAAAAUAAAACACUUCAGAUGUUGAAAGAGUACAAUGAUCAUCAACAAUAUCAAGACGCUGCUUUCAACGAAACCAAAGAAUCAGUACAGUUUGAGUGCCUCCAAGAAAUGUGUGUUUUAAAUGCAUUAGCUCUUCUGAGUGAAUUUAUAUUAACAUUUGCUGAACCAUCAUAUAGUAAUAUCACCAGAGUUGCCACCACUAUCCAUAUUUAUUUUUUAGAAGUUUUUAAGAAAGCUCAUCAACUAUUAAAUACUUAA